AAAGCUAUGAAAGGAAGAGACUGCCUACAAGUCCGGGCAGAGCAGCAAAGGCGCUGACGGUCUCAGUCCACUCAGCCGAAGUCCCCAGAGUAGUGGCUGGUCCAGCCUGGCGACCUCCCUCCUCCCCGCUGCCGUUCCUGCCGGCAUCACGACCCCCGCCGCCACCACGACCCCCGCCGCCACUCUCCCAGACAGUGCGCCCGAGAUGAGCCAGACGCGCUGGAAGAGGGUCGACAUGGUCCCGGAGAUCGCCGCCGCCGUGGGCUUCCUCUCGAGCCUGUUGAGGACCCGCGGCUGUGUAAGCGAACAGAGGCUGCAAGUUUUCAGCGGGGCCCUUCAAGAGGCACUCACAGAGCACUACAAACACCACUGGUUCCCAGAAAAGCCAUCCAAAGGUUCAGGCUACCGCUGCAUCCGAAUCAACCACAAGAUGGACCCCAUCAUCAGCAAGGUAGCCAGGCAGAUUGGACUCAGCCUGCCCCAGCUAUACCGCCUGCUGCCCAGCGAGUUGACCCUUUGGGUGGACCCCUAUGAAGUGUCCUACCGAAUUGGGGAAGAUGGAUCAAUUUGUGUCCUCUAUGAGGCGGGGCCCACUUCAUCCUCUUGUGGACUCCUCACUUGCAAGAACCAAAUCAUGCUGGGCCGGAGCAGCCCCUCAAAGAACUAUGUGAUGGCCGUCUCCAGUUAAACCCCCCUACUACUGCCCCCCCCCCCCAGCAAUCUACUGUAUUCGUUCAGCCUUGACAACAGGCUAUUGCAUACCUCAACUUGGGGAAUCAUAUUUUUAAAUGAAGAGUUAUUUAUAUAUAUUUUUUUUAAAAAAAGAGGGGGAAAAAAACCAAAUUUUUUUUUUUAAGAAAAAAUUCCUUAGUGGGAGCUGCUUGGAAGUGGCCUCCUAUGGUGCCUUUGGAAAGAAAUGUUGUGAACCUGCGUGUCUUGAAGCCAGUAUCUGCCAAUAAGAGAGGUAGCAAUUUUAGGUGUAUGGACCUGGCAGGAUGGAGGUGAUGAUGGGAUUGGAGAGAGUAGGUGCCUAGUCAGCACCCCAGAGACAAUGAGAACAUCUAUGGUUAGCAACUGUGAAUGAGAAAGAUCAGGACCUACUCUGGAUAGGAGAAGGGUACAGGAGAAUUUCAAUUUAUAGCCUCCUAUAUCCACAACAAGGGUUCCAGAGACCUGAUCGUCUUUGUUAAGGGGCAUUCAUGCCUAAACUUUUGAAAUACUAUGUUGCCUAUCUUUCCUUUUUAUUUUUAUUUCUUUUUCUUUCCCUCCUCCUCCUCCCUCCCCCUCAUGAGAUCAUGGGCAGGAAAUAAAAAGGCAGCUUCCUUAUUCCUCCUGCCUAGAUCAACUUUUCUUGAAAUUAAGAAAUUGUCCUGAUAAUACCCUCAGGGUCUGGAAGGUUUUGACAUCCCAGCUGUGAAUUCUAAGGUUUUUGGAUUUUUUUAUUUUUGUUUAGACUUUUUUUUUUUUGAUGAUGGAGGGUCUGGAAUAGAAUAGAAGGGUAAGGAAACCUGCACAAAAUCUCCAUGUUGCUUUAUGCUGCUCUGUGUAUGUGUACGUGUAUAUACUGAAUUCUCAAGGGGAUGAUUUGUAAUGGAAGGCUGGGGCCCAAAGAGCUCUCAAUGGGGAACGCUCUUUGGACUGGCAGCCUUGUCUGUUGCCCUGCUUAGGGAACCACACAAAAGUCCUGAUGAUGCUGCCAUCAUCCCUUUGAGAGAUGAACUCAAAAGCUACAGGGAAUUUCAGGUCUUUUAUGAUGUCGUCUUUUCAAAGCACAAAUCUCUCCUUUCUUUCCCCCUCCUUGUCACUAGUGCUCCUCCCAUCCUUUUAGGACAAAAGUUCUCAAACCUUGUGCAAUACGGCCUCCUGAGAUUCAGAGUUUCCAGAUGGUGGAAUGAUUCUUCAACUCUCUUGCUGGCAUCUGCUCUUUGGCUCUCUGAACUCCAGUUGGCUAGUUUGUUUGGAAGGCACCUCUUGCCUGAGCCCCAAUUUCUACAGGCCUUGGCAUUGUUCUCAGGUUGCUUCUAAAAACAAACCUUUGGGCAUUUACUUCUCCUUGGCACCUAGUGCCUGGUGGUGGGAGAGGAAUGUCUUCUCUAAAUGUGACUCCAAUCCGUUAGUAGAAUUGUGCAAUAUUUACUGUUCUUGGAUGGGGAGAAAGAACUGCUAUACUAGAAAAACCUUUCCCCCUCCUCCCCAAACCUACCCAUGGGAGUAAGGGGGAGGGUUGAGAAGGCUUCAGGUAUCCCUGAACAGAACUCCCUGAGUUGGACACAGCUGGAGCAUCUGGUCAGCUUGGUUAAGCUCCUGUUGCUAGGGCUUAGUAAAGAAUCCCUCUCUCCCCUCCCCACUGCCUUCUGUGGAAGUCUCUCCCCAGCUUUCUUUCCUUUGGAUUUCCCAAGCUGCUCUAUUCCCCAAUUCAUAAGGUGCUAAUAACCAAACACUCUACUCUUUCAUUCUAGUCCUGCCCCCUUUGUGAUUGCACCAAAUUUUGUGCCAGCUCCUAGACCCUGAUUGGAGUAUUAAGUUUAAUUGAAAGUUAAUUCUUCAUCCACAGAGCAGGGAAAUGAUUCCUUGACUUGUGGAAUGGGUAAAAACAAACAGCUGUGAAUCACUGUGGAAUAAUGUCCUUGCCUCUGACUGCACACAGGACCCUGCCAUUUAUCUUCUCUUAGAUAUUUUCUCUCUUCCUUUCCUUAAUAUUUACUUUUAAAAGACAAGAUCUCAGAGCUGGACUGUUGAGCAGGACUGGUUCUCAUAUUAAGUAAAACAUGGUAGUGAAUUUGUAAGCUAUUCUGACAGAGGGGACAAAGGUUACUAAUUGUAUAUUGUAUAGUGUUUUUAUAUGAAAGAAUGUACAGCUCUAUUGACAAAUGUACACUUUUUUUUUUUUUUUUUUUGGUUACUUUAAUAAAAAUGUAGCUGUUUUA